AUGUCCCAGCACUCGUCGCCCUGGACCCAUUUGAGGGGCCUUAUCAUCACAGUGCCAUGGCUGCUGUACCUGUUGCUGGUCGAUAUAUCGGUUUCGAUGCUUCUGCCUCUUGCCAUAUUCGCUCCCAGAUGGGUCUACCAUGCAUCGUCAUAUCUAGCCUUCACUGUCUGGGCGUGGAUCCAGUUCGUAUUCGAGGCUCUCAAUGGAGCCCAUGUUGAGAUAUCUGGCGACUUCCUGCCCAGUGCCGAAUCGGCUAUCGUCGUGGCAAACCAUGUUGCUUGGUCCGACUUCUACUUGAUCCAGGCUGUCGCUCGACGUUCCGGAAUGCUGGGCUACUGCAGGUAUUUUGCCAAGAGUCAGCUCAAAUUCGUUCCCUUCCUGGGAUGGGGGCUUUGGGCCAUGGGCAUGCCCAUGGUCAGUCGGAACUGGCUCAAGGACGAGGCCGAGCUUGAUCGUGUAUUCUCCGGUCUUGUCUCUCACAGCUUUCCUACCUGGCUUAUCAGCUUCAGCGAGGCGACGCGUUUCACCAAGAAAAAGCUGGCCGAGUCUCAAGUUUGGUGCAAAAAGAAUGACAGGCCCCAGCCCAGGCAUCUCUUAUACCCUCGCACCAAAGGCUUCAUCAGCACUAUUCGGCAUCUGCGUAAGGCUCCACAUGUCAAGGCUGUCUACGACCUUACAAUUGCUUAUCAGUGUGGUGGCGUCUUCCAUGAAGCACCACGCAUGUGGGACACGUUGAGCGUACCAGAUCUGAGCACGAAACACCGAUUCAGGUUCCAUAUCCAUGUCCGGAGAUUUCCCCUUGAGACUUUGCCCGAGUCUGACCAAGGUCUAGCACAGUGGCUUGAGCAGCGGUGGGCGGAAAAGGGAGAAUGGUUGGAAUCGCUCAAGCAAGCCUGGUCAGCCACCGGCUCGUCAUGA